CGUCCCAGGGCAGCGCCGGUGCCUGCGCCGGCGCCCGCGGGUCGAGCGAGCGCUGCGCGGGGCUGCGGCCGCCGCUCCCCGCCGGGCGCGCCUCGCACGGCUCCGGAGUGGCGGCCCCAUUAUGGUCAGCCAUGGCGUGGCUGCCGGGCGGGCUGGCCGAGCUGCGCUGGGGCGCGCUGGUCGCCCUCUUCGUGGCGGCGCUGGCCACGCUGGCCGUGUACCUGGUGCAGUACGCGCUGCUGGCGCUGCGGAGGGGCCGCCCGCCGCCGGCCCCCGCUCCGCCGGCGCAGCGGGACGAGCUGCUGGAGGAGGGCGGCUCGGUGCUGGCCUGGGCGCUGUCGCGGGGCAGCUGGAGGCGGCAGUGGCGGCGGGCCUGGGUGGCGGCGCUCCGAGCCGAGGCGGCGGAGCGGGCGGAUUCUCAGUUGCUCACAUUUGAGGAAGAUGACCCAGCAGAACCACUUGAGCUAGCAGUUAAAGAAGUUACCAGUGUUGUAAAGUCAGCUGGAGAGAAGGUGGUUUCUUGCAAUGUUGUGGGGGAUUCUGUGAAAUUCCUCGUUGCUGUUUCAUCCCCUCCUCCCGCGGCUGCUGAAGCUCAGUCGUAUUUUGUGAAGCUGUCCCCAGUCCACCUGCAGCUUCAGCUCUAUGUGAAAGACAAAGGAGAAGAUGUCAAAGUUGAGUGGUUCCUCAUUAACACCGAUGAAAUCAACUUUGAAAUCCAGCCAGCAGUGCAGGAGGGACAGACAGCAGGGACAUGUGCAAUAUCUGAAACACUCACAGAUGUCUUGAAGAACCUCUUCAGCUCCGCUUCUCCAUCUGUAGAGCUGAGUGUGAGGCCUGCAGAUACAAAGGAGGUUCAGAAUGUACAGAACACGAGCCUUCUCCCCCAGGGCACGAGUCCUCCCAAGCCUCCGAGGGCUCACGACCUGAAGCUGCUGGUGAGGAACAUCGCGGUGGAGCCGAGCGAUCUCCGUGCUGCAGGCAGCACAGACCUUGUGUGUAUAGUUCAGUUGAAUGACCCUAUGCAGAAGUUUUCCAGCUCUGUAGCCAAAAAUGCUGCACAUCCCUUUUGGAAGGAAGAGUUUAUCUUUGAACUAAGUGCCAAAUCAAAAGCAUUGCAACUGCAGAUAGUAGAAGAUGGAAAGUUGGAUAGUCCUUUAUCCGGGCAGGUGACUGUCCCUCUGGACCUGUUCAGGAAGCAGCCCUGUGGCCAGCACAGCUUUGCCCUGAGCAGCUCGGAGCCAGGGCCCGGGCUGGGCUCCAUCACUGCAGAGUUCUCUUUUAUAGAGCCCAGUGAACUGAAGGCAAGGCAGGUCUCCUCUCCAGUGCUGGCCACCAAGAUCGAGAAGGACCGCACUGUGAUGCCCUGUGGGACUGUGGUCACCACUGUCACUGCUGUGAGGACCAAACCUCGUCUGGAAGGGAGAUCCUCCCCCCUGGGCACAGAUUCUCCUGUGAAAACUCCAGUUAAAGUAAAGGUGACUGAAAAGGAUUUCAUUGUUGAAGCCCUCCAUUCUCAUGGUGCUCCAGUCAGCAAAACUUUGUCAUCUUCAGAUACAGAGCUGCUGGUACUGAACAGCACAGACCCCGUGGCAGAAGCAGCCAUUCGGCAGCUGAGCCAGUCUGCGAGGCAGAAGCUGAAGUCCCCUCGGAAGAAAAGCACCAUUAUCAUAUCAGGGGUGUCCAAGACCUCUUUAUCUCAGGACAGUGAAGCUGCACUGAUGAUGGACUAUGCUGCAGCCAUGGACAGCUCCUGCAGGGAAGCAGAUCCACCCUCUGUGGAGGAAGCUGUUGCAAAAAUCACCUCUGACAAAAAGCAGUCACUGGAUGCUUCAGAAAGAGUCCCUGGCAGUGACCCACAGCAAAGCACCCACAAGACCUGGGGUUUGGAGAAUGGCAGCCAGCAGUGGGACACCAGCACACUCUUAGACCAGACCUCUGAAGAAAUAUCUGGGAGUUCAUUAAGUGUUUCAGAAACUGGGAGCAUGAAAAAAUCUAAAGGUGGGAUUUUGAAGAAGAGCGCGAAGCUGUUUUUCCGCCGGCAGCACCACCAGAAGGACCCGGGCAUGAGCCAGUCCCACAACGACCUGGUGUUCCUGCAGCAGCCUCUGUCAGAGGAGAGCCGCAAGAAAGGGGGGACACUCUCACGAAUUCUGAGCAAGAAGCUCCUUUCCAGGAACAAGAGCAGGAGCAAACUGAACGGGGCUUCGGGAGAGCCGUACCUAUGAAGCCAAACCCUCUCCGAUGGCAUUCCUGCUCACCAGUUGGGCACUUGUUUACAGAGCAGUACUAGAGAAUGCAAAUAUGGCUGAUGACUUGCAUAAAAGGAUGUUCACUGUUAACAGUGGUCUUUUUGGUUUAUUUUUCCAAAACGCUUUUUCUCUCACACGGUGAAGUCGCUCCUCCAAAUACAAGCAGUGCUAAAUGUGUCCAGCUUCUGGAGGAGUGUGUGGUUUCUUCUGGAAGAGGAGGGAGGAUGAGGAAUGGUGGGGACCAAGAAGGCACCUGAUGUCCUGGGGUGCACUGGGAAGAGCAUUUCCAGCAGGUAACGCCCCUGUGCCCAGCCCUGGGGACACCUCUGGGUGCUGUGCCCAGCUCUGGCUCCUCAGCACAGCAGGGACAGGAGCUCCUGGAGCUGAGCAAGGGCCUGGAGCAGCUCCGUGCCCAGGAAAGGCUGAGGGAGCUGGGGCUGCUCAGCCUGGAGAGGAGCCCCAGGGAGAGGGGCCUCAGCCCUGCCUGGCCCUGUGUCCAUCCCUGUGUCUGUCCCUGUGUCUGUCCCUGUGUCUGUCCCUGGCUGUCCCUGUGUCUGUCCCUGUGUCUGUCCCUGUGUCUGUCCCUGGCUGUCCCUGGCUGUCCCUGUGGCUGUCCCUGUGUCUGUCCCUGUGUCUGUCCCUGUGUCUGUCCCUGUGUCUGUCCCUGGUGCAGAGGUCAGAGCAGGCCCAGGCUCUGCCCCAGGCCCAGCAAUGGCCCCAGAGCCACGGGCAGGGCCUGAGCCCAGCAAUUCCCCUCCCAGGAGGCACAACUUCUGCCCUGGGCAGUGCCCAGCCCUGAGCAGAGCCCAGGGGGGCUCUGGGGGCUCCUCCCUGGGGACAUUCCAGAGCCAUCCGGACACAGCCCUGUGCCCUGUGCUCUGGGAUGGCCCUGCUGGGGCAGGGAGGUGGCACCAGUGACCCCACUGUGAUUUCCAGCCCGGGUGAUCUGUAGGGAGAACCCAAACGUGACCAUCUGAUUUACAUCAACAGGGAGCUCUGACUGAAACACCCAGUUUAUGUGACUGAACCUCUACAGAGAGAGAAAACACCACUGUGCUCCCUCACUGCAACAGUAGCAACUGAUUUUUCUAGUCUGACUGAAAGGGGGUGAAAAAGGGGCCCAGAUGCAGUUUGUGCUGUAAUUUGGAAGCGGGUGAGUGUUCAGAAGCAGAAGGAAAAUGCUGACUCAGACACCCUACUAUAAUAUAAUAAUGUAGCCUGCUGUAAUCACUGCUCAGCCCGUGGAGGUGGAGAGAUGCCUUUGACAUUAGCCAUAAAUCAAUAAAUUAUGCAAAUACCAAUACUAGCAUAUUGUUUAAUGUUCUGCUUAAAAAGAAGUUACGCUUUAAAACACAGAACUUGGGUGGGUUUUUUAAAAUCUACUUGAAGCUACACGCAAAGAAAGUAUUUGUAAAAUCUUACAUGUAGCUUUUCUUCCGUGUGUGAGAAGCUGUACUGCUGAUGCAAAAACUCAUCUUAGGGGCUCUAAUUCCUUCUCCCAAGUGCUUGUUAGACAAGUAGAUGAACCAUCAUAUCAAAUGCAAAGCUAGGAACAGUAAAUGGUGAGUAGAGCAUAGUUAACCCUGCAGUGCUUUUCAUUGGAAAGCUUGUCUUACUUGCCAAACACUUACUGAGAUCUUAAAAUAUACAGUUGUGAAGGAGGCUUUUGAAAAAAUAUGAAUUCCCUUAGUUCAGUUCAUAGAUCUACCAGUGUUGUCAUGUGCUGAGUGGUUGGUCAGAUGAGUUUUUUAACCUUUUUUCCUUGCUAAAUAUUGCAGCUGGCUCCUUUAGUCUAAAAUGAAAAACUGAUGGGAGCAAAGGCAUAAUUCUCAUUUUGGCUGUGAAGAAGGGUAAAAUGUCAGUAUUUCACAGGUAUCAUCUUUCAUGCUUUACCUGUAUUUUUCCAUCAUCUACCUCCCUGCUGAGGACAAAGGACCAAGCCUGUUCUCUUUAGCCAAGAAAAUCAUCAUUCAUUCCAACUAAAUUACUGACCUGAAUGGAUGAUAGACCUCGUGCCUACUUUGCCAACAGUGAUUUUUCCCCUGGCCCCUUUCCUCCCUUUAAGCUGUCCAACACUUUGGCAGAUAUUUGGGCUUUCAAUUUAAAGCACUCAUCAAAAAUAGAAAGUUACUGAAGAAUAGAAACACAUUUCAAAUUUCUGAUGGACUCAAGGUUCCCUGGUAAAUCAAUAUCAAAGUAGAAGGAGUUUAGUUUCUUUUUUACCAAGAAAAUAUUAGAACUGAAUGGUCAAAAUCUUUUAACUGUUUAAAAAUACUCUUUAUGUGUAACCUCCUAAGAUCACUGAGGUGGAACAGUAGACCAGACUAUCAAAUAGUUGUACGUUUCAGCAUGCUGCUUGUUAUGUAAACACUUGAAGGCAUUUUAAUGUUCUUUAUUUUGAAAAUUGGGUACAAAUUAAUCUUCUGGAGCUUUAUUGUGCUUGGAAAUCCCAGUUCAGUAAUGCAGGUUUCACCAGCCUGAAUGUGCCUGAACAGUUUUGUUUAUUUCUAAUUUAAUACAAACUAGAAAUUUGUUUCUUCAUUUGUUCUACAGUGGUUCAUGGUGUGAGGAUUAAAACCCCUGAUGUCAUGUUCCCUCAACAGACACUUUUUCUCUUGAUUUUACCAGGCACUCUCUGUGUUAUGGGAAGGGUGGGCAUCAAGUCCCUGCCAUUUUUAAAUGCUCAGUCUUCAUUGCUGAAAGAUGAAACCACAACUGUUCCUUAAAUUUAAGAAAUCCAAAUGAAACUGAGCUCCACGGGUAGCACAUCCAUACCCUAAAAACAAAGAGCUGUGGAAUGUAGAGGCAGCACAUAACAUUACUUGAAAUCUUAUUAAAUUACUGAGCUGGGAUUUUAAUUUACAGAAGCUUUAGCAUGAACUGUAGAACAGAGUGAAAUAGCACUGAGUAACUUGCAGGACACAGCACUGGGGUUUGCUUGUAAUUUACCCCAGGGAAUGGAUACACAUGAAAAAAUGGUUCAUGUUAAGGUUUUGAUGAUCACUUGAAUGCUUGUCUCAGUGGUGGGAAUGAAGGACAUUCUUUACUGCUAACUGUGUGAGGGUUUGGGCUCACGUGUUAAGAGAGAAUGAAUUCUCCAGAUAAGGAGAGCGAGGCAUUUGGUGUAAAAAGGGUAUCUGUUUUUUUAUUUGCCUUCACUCCUCAGGAAAAUAAACAUUGUUUGGUUUGAUGUUGGA